UCUCAUGUUUAGUUUCUCAUAUUCUCUAAUAAAUUUAAGAGUUUUCUUCACCUUUAAGAAAUAGAAUAAAUGACCAUUGCAAAACAUUCAUGUUUAUGUGCAUUUCAGUGGAAACAUUAGAAUUCCGAUAUUCCACUAUUGUUUCAUUUAUGUUUAACUCUUGUGAUGGAAAAGAAACAAAAUUUUGUUUCUUGCAAAUGACAAAUUUGAAAUUAAAUUUUCUUUGGUACCGUCACAUGCUUUACGAAAAUGAGAUGUUAUCCUCUCUUAUGGUUGCUUCCAUAAAACAUAUUUUGUGUCAAGGUCUUUACUAUUUUGACCACAGUGUUGCUUUGCAAAUGGCACAACGAAAGGAAUUCAAUCUCAAGAAGCCAUCUGCUUACCACUAUGACAUCUUAUUGCUUGGAAUUAUGACAUUGCUUUGUGGAUUAAUUGGACUCCCUCCUUCAAAUGGCGUACUUCCGCAGUCUCCCAUGCAUACAAAGAGCAUUCCUGUUCUCAAAAGGCAGUUGAUCAGAAAGAAGAUUGUAAAGAGUGCCAAGGAAUGCAUAAAGCAACAAAGUAGCAAUUCUGAAAUUUAUGGCAGAAUGCAAGCAAUGUUCAUAGAAAUGGACACAACUACAAAUCAUGCAUUAGAAAAGGAACUGAAGAACUUGAAGGACGCAAUCAUGAAAAGUGAAGAUGGAGGAAGCAAAAAUGGUAAACUUGAUAUGGAAAAGCACAUCGAUGCUCACUUGCCUAUUCGGGUUAAUGAGCAAAGAGUGAGCAAUCUUUUACAAUCACUUCUUGUUGGAGUAUCACUACUUGCCAUGCCCGCAAUCAAGAUGAUUCCUACAUCAAUUUUUUGGGGAUAUUUUGCCUACAUGUCUCUUGAUAGCCUCCCCGGAAACCAGUUCUGCAAAAGAAUUUUACUGCUUUUUAUUACACCUCAAAGGCGGUACAAUAUCUUCAAGACCUGGAUGCUGCUGAGUAUGAGGAAAUAGCUAGUAAUCGAAAUCGUAGUCAAAGCAUGUCAUUCAAGAAUGGGGACAAGGCUCUUACAGGGAAUGAAAAACAUGAAUUUGAAAGCAGUGAUGUAGAGAUAUUGGAUGAGUUGACCACCAGCAAAGGAGAGUUGAAGUUCAGAUCUAUAAGCUUCAGUGAUGAAUGUCUCU